AAGAAAAAAGGCUACUUACUCGUCUAUGUUAGCCCCUUUACCUUUUACCCCCCCUGUUUCUCUGUUCAUGUCAAGAAGCAACUGUUGCAAAAGAGAGAGAAAUUUGGAAUCCGGCAACACCCCAUUUCCUAAAGUUCUUCAAAUGGGAAUUUCCAUGUCUUAUUCUUUUUCUAUUUUUAUUUGAAAGCCGAAGUUGACCCCCCCCCCUCCCCCCCUUUUCUUGCCCAGUUUCUUUUGCGAUUUUUUACUUGAAAGCUGCUGAAAUUUUUGGUUAGUUUAAGGGUGAGCGUUAAAGAUUGACAAGGGAUAUAUGUCGUUUUUUUUUUGGUUUGCCAAGAAAGGUGAAAGGAAAAAUAAAAUUCGAGGAAGAAAGGUAAAAGAAAUAAAAGAAACAGAAUUCUCUGGCCUGAUUCUCGAGAUGGUUUUUAUGGAGUUAUGUUUCCGCACAAGAAACGGAAACCAUAGGCAUUAAGUUUCCUGUUUCUUAUCUCCCCUUUUAAGUUCCGUUGUCAGUAACAUCACUGCUAUUUAUUUAUUUAUUUAUUUUUUCUUCUAAUGAUGAGAGAUGUUCAUUCUAGGAAGCUCAAUUAUUGGGUUGCGUUUCCAUUUAUGUUUAAUGCAAUAUGUUCUUAUACUUAAAUGUUAUUGCUCACAUGUUUUUUCUGCUACUUCUUUUUUCCUGAAAUAGACGCGCAAAAUAAAUUAUAAGCUUGUCUGCUGGUUUCUUAUACAUUUGUUCUCCUGAUGGACUUCUGGAGUUAUGCUUCAGAAGGAAAAGGCCUUCUGUUCUCUGAUGAAAUAGAUUUAUCUGCCGAUGCAUUUACAAGAAGUAGAAAAGCAUCGAUAGGAUGCGAUACAGAAGCGGCUGAGAGUGCAGAGUCUUUAGAUCUUGGUUUCUCUGAAAUCCCAAGAAAACCCUUUCAUGGUAGCAAAACGGGUGCGGGGAUGUUUGGUGGUAGCUGUGUUGGUAUUGAUUCAAGUAAACUAGUAGUAGGCUCUCCUAAUUGUAUGAUUGCCUCCAAUUCGUCAAUGGAAUCUAGGUCCGAUCAUUCGAAUUCUCUCAUGGAAUCUAAUAUUCAGGAUUCAUCACUAUUUGAUUUGAAGCUAGGGAGAUUGGCUGAUUGCAAAGAUGCACAGAAUAGUAGGUUUUCGAAAGAGAGAUUUUUGUUAUCUUCAGCAAGUCCAACUGCUCAGGCAAAGCGUGCUCCAAUGGCGAGUUUGCGCCCUCGGAUUUCCUUUUGCCAGGUCUUUGAUUGUAACAAGGAUCUUAGUUCCUGCAAGGAUUACCACAAGAGGCAUAAAGUGUGUGAGGUUCAUACGAAAACUCCUCAAGUUAUUGUUAAUGGCAAUGAACAGAGGUUUUGUCAGCAGUGUAGCAGGUUUCACUUGCUGGUUGAGUUUGAUGAUGAUAAGCGCAGUUGUCGUAAACGCCUGGCAGGCCACAAUGAACGCAGACGAAAGCCUCAAUUUGGCACCAAAUUUCUGGGGACUUCCUUGGCAAAGAGAACAUCCUUUCUUUUUCCAAACAUGCUUCCAGGACGUACUUUUUGUCCACAAAGUUAUGAAGAAGAUAAUUGGCGUAAGCAUGUUAAAUUGGAAGAGAAUUCAAUUUACAGCUCUCCAUCGGCAAUACCCAUAAGAAAUGGGCAGUUGCUGCCAAGGUCAUUCCUCCAUUUGCAUGGCAGCAGGAUACAAAAGACUGGUGGAAUUUCUCCACUGGACACUGAGGACCUCUCUAUUUCUAACACAGCAACAACUAUUCAUGAGUUAGCUGAGGUGUCGCACUCUAGCUGUGCUCUCUCUCUUCUGUCAGCAGCUGAAUCACAGGACUUGAGCCAUUCUGCAGGAAAUAUAAUGGUUAGGCCCUUGGUCAGUCAAGCGGGUGGUGCUUGUCAGACCUUGGGUAUUGCUAACAAAUCUUUAGGGGUAGGCUCUUCAGAAAAGUACGUGCCAAUUGGAAUUAAUUCAUUUGGAAUGAAUUUCAUUGAAGUUGACAAUAUGGGGCCAUUUGGGGUUUCUGGUUCUGGUCAUGCUGCCGACCUUAAAGUUGAAACAGAUGGAUUUCUACAUCAGUCAGAUUUCUUGAACGCCAAGCAUUGUGUUUCUCCAGAAAAUGAAUCUACUGUGGAUUGGCUUCAACUGUCAUCCCAUCUUCAGAGGGUGGAGCAACAGAGGAACUCCAUGAAAGUGAAGCAUGAAAAUGAAGAUUUCUGCAGUUUUGGUGCCACUUAUAGGGUGUGAGAUUAAAUAACUUGGGCUCUCCGUUGUGACUUUCGAAGGUAAACAACGUAAGAUGUGGGAGAUAGCAAUGAAUUGCCAUGGAUAAUGUAGAUGUCUGUUUUUUUUCUCUUUUGACCAAGUGUACUACUCUCUUUCUUGAAGAGAAAGUGAUAAAUCCAGCGUUGAUGCAGAGGAGAGAAUUGGUGGCAAUCUGCAUACCAGCAUCAAAUAUAAUGACUAACUUCAUUGAUGCAAUAGAUAAUGAGCCUUUAGAGACUUCAGUUAGCGUUUGCAAGUACAUUCCUUUACUUAAAGGGUAUAUAUAACACGAACAGUAUAUGGAUUUUCAAUUAUUGUAAGGGGGAUGCAAGUUUGAUGUUGCUGGUUGCUUUAGAGAUAACAUAUUUCGACUUUCAUUUGCAAAUACUAUGCUGGUCGAGAAAUUAAUUGCUAAAUUAUGUACAA